AUGCAAAAUUUGAGGAGUGAUGAAUGCUGUAGAGAAAUAUUAUUUACAUUUAAAGUCUAUAGGAAAGCGAAAACACGCCGUGGAAAAAGGUUUCUGGAAGAACGGCAGCCAAAAGUAGUUGAGAACGAGAAAAAGGCGCUUCUAAUCAGAGGUGGAAAAACAAGUAAAACGGUGAGCGAUGCAUUAGCUGAUCUUUACGCUUUGAAAAAACCAACGGCAAUAUGUUAUAAAAGACGUAACCCAAUUCAUCCGUUUGAUAAUGACGUUGAACUAGAGAACUUUACUUUGAAAAAUGAUGCAUCUUUAUUUUUGUUUGGCUCCAAUUCCAAGAAACAUCCUAAUAGCUUGAUUAUGGGACGUAUGUACGACUAUCAUGUACUUGAUAUGGUGGAAUUACAGAUUAAAAGUUUUGUUAAAUCCGCUGACUUUGAUUCGGCUAAGGUAUUUGUUGGGUGUAAACCGUGCAUAGUUUUACAAGGAACUGAAUUCGAAACGAAUGAAGUGUUGAAACGGGUCGGUAACUUAAUGGUUGAUUGGUUUCGUGGUGCUGUAGUUGAAAACAUACGGUUACAGGGACUAGAGCUUGUUAUCUCUUUGACUUAUCUUGAUGGACAAAUUUACCUUCGAGUUUACAGGACAUGUUUGAAAAAGUCAACUGGUAAAACUCCUAGAGUAGAGUUAGUCGAGAUUGGACCACGCAUUGAUUUCUCAAUUCAUCGUAAUAAAUUUGCUAGCGAUAGUCUUUUUCGAGAAGCACUUAAACAGCCGAAGCAGUUACUGGCGAGCCGACGGAAAAAUACAUCUACAGAUGUUUUUGGAAGUCAGCUGGCGCGUGUUCAUGUGGGCAAGCAGAACAUUGAUAGCAUGCAAACCAAAAGAAUGAAAGCAUUACGGGGCGGAGUGUCGAGCUGA